AUUCGCCAGAAAAAAUUACCAAUACACCUAUAUUAUCUUUAUACUAUCCCUUUUUUUAAUCAUGGACAACUGCAAGUCUAAUGCCAAUAAUACUGGCGAUAUUACUGCUGGUUCAAUCAAGAUUUUGGCCACAUCGUGCAAGGCAUUAAUUGAUGGGCUUGAUAGUGGAAAUCAAGAGGCCAGCUCCGUUCUCAAUAAACUAAAAUCUGGUCUCAGUGAAAUUGAACUUCAACGGGCAAACAAAUACCGCAAACCCGCCGACACAUUGCGUUUUGCAGCAGGACGCACAUUGGUGCGUCGCCUACUGGAAGCUAGUGUCAGCUUCAAGGCAUUGGUUUUUGAAACCAAUAUGAUCAUAAUUAAUGAAAGCACAGGUGGAUCCAAGCCGUCGCUCACUAAUGCUUCAAAAGCGCUUUUUCCAAAUGUAUGUGAUUUUAACAUAUCUCAUGACGGUGAUUGGAUUAUGGCCGGAGUAACUGCGCAAGGGGUACUUGGAAUCGAUGUCGCUCGAGUGCAUUGUCCCGAAAAUAUGAGCGUCAAAAACUAUAUCGCCGAAUUUACCUAUCAAUUAUCCCCGCAAGAGCAAGAUUUUCUUGCCAAACAUAGCAGACAGCCGCUGGAAGACUUUUAUCGCAUAUGGACUAUUAAGGAGGCGUACUUGAAGGCGUUUGGGAUUGGAAUUGCUGGCUCAAUGGAAUUGGCAACGAUCAGCGUAUCUUUGUCUCUAGAUGGAAAUUUUGUAAAUGUCGCUGUAAAUGGUAACCAAUGCGCUUUGAAAUUCGCACUCGGGACUCUUAGCGGAGGCAAAUACGUGUAUGCUUUAGCUUCAACUGUCCAUUGUGCUCCGUCAUUUGAUAUUGUCGAAAUUCAAUAGCCUCGUCUUUUCUUAGUGUACAAGCUUUAGCCGGUGUUUA